UUUUUAAAUUGCCAAUCUCUGCUUCUUUUGAUUCUGCAAAAGAAACUAUAUCUUCAAUAGUUUCUGAAGCCCAGGAGUCCAGUAAAUCAUCAAACAGACUCAUGAAUGAAAAACAGCAGGAGGAAGCAGAAUGGGAAAGCAUAAAUGUGCAGUUGAUGACGCAUGGCCUAAGACCCUUAUCUCUAGUCAAAAGAACAGAUCUUGAAGAUCUCAUCAUUUUUGACAAACAGUCAUCACAGAGAAUGAGACAGAAUUUGAAAACAUUGAUGGAAGGAACAGCACGUCAACAGAACAUGAUCCAGGAGCUCAUAGAAACUAAUCAGCAGCUUAAAAAUGAAGUUCAGCUACAAGAAAGCUGAGCAGCAGAUCAGGAACAUCGAGCUAAUGACUUGGAACAAAUUAUGAAGAGUGUGAAAUCCAAAAUUGGUGAAUUGGAAGAUGAAUCCCUAAAUAGGGCUUGCCAACAACUGAAUAAAAUAAAAGAUCUUCACAAAGAACAUAAAGCUUUACAGGCAAAACGUCAGCAUUAUAAGAAAAAAGGAAUGGAACAGCAAGAGACUAUUGCUUCUUUGCAAAAGGAUAUCUAUAGAUUAACAAAGGAGGAGGAGGAACACAUUGUCACUCAAAACAGAGUGUUUGCUUAUCUCUGCAAAAGAGUUCCUCAUACCAUCUCAGAUAAACAGUUGCUUUGCCUAAUUGAUUACUAUGAAUCUAAAAUAAGAAGAUUUCAUAAACAAAGGCAAUGUAGAGAAGAUGAAAGUCAGGCAGAAGAAGAUGACUACAGGAGUUUGGAUACGUCACCAAAUUAUAAAAGCCUGCUAAUGUCAUUACAGAAUCAACUAAAGGAAUCAAAAUCCAAGAUUGAUGCACUUUUAAGUGAAAAACUGAAUCUUCAAAAAGAUUUGGAAGCCAGGCCCACACAGCAUGAAUUAAGACUUUAUAAACAACAAGUGAAGAAACUGGAGAAUGCCCUUAAGAAAAGCACCAAGUAAUUAUAUUUUACCAAAGUUACAAAUUUAUUAGGGUUUUGCAUUUUGUUAUUUUUAUGACCUGUCAUCUUACUUCAUGUU